AUGACAUAUGCUGUUGCAGAAGUUGAAAUAGAGGAAGUUACUAAUCCUUAUAUCAAAGAGAUUCUUGAUGAGAUGACAAGACAAAAUGUUAGAUGGAUGUAUGGUCGUUGGUUGAUCGAAGGUUCUCCUCGUGUGCUGCUACUUGAUACAGGUUCAGUUGCUGAUAGACUUGAUUCAUGGAAGAGUGAUUUAUGGAAUGUUACUGGAAUUCCUUCUCCACCUAACGAUCAAGAAACUAAUAAUGCUAUACUGUUUGGGUAUCUUGUUGCAUGGUUUUUGGGUGAUUUAGCAGGAAGAGAGGAAAAUUAA